AAUGUCAUUUAAAAUUUAUAAACAUCAGCAGCGUGUUUUUCGUUCAGGCAGAAAUUGAUACCGAAACGUGCCGUGUUUGAAUUGUUUUCGCAAAUUGCAACAAAAAUCCGUGUAAAAAGCUAAAAAAUGCUUCGCCGACAAGCCCGUCUCCGCCGGGAGUAUCUCUAUCGCAAGGCAGUAGAGAGCAAACACAAAACCCUGCAGGACAAGAAAUCGAAAAUCAAGAAGUCCCUCGAAGACCAUACGCCGAUCCAUGGCGACUUGAAGAAGGAUGCUUUGAUGCUGCAAGACAAACUGAAAUGGAACGACGAAGGUCCUAAACGUGCGGCGGAGAUCGGAGGAGUCAGUGGAGGGGCGAACACGGCCGAUUCGCAGGAUGACGAGUACCGGUAUGCUGGAUGUGAGGAUCCGAAGAUUAUGAUCACCACGUCGCGGGAUCCUUCAGCAAAGCUGAAGCAGUUCGUCAAGGAGUUGAGACUGCUUUUCCCGAACGCGCAACGGAUGAAUCGAGGUAACUUCGAAAUGAAGCAACUUAUUCAUGCGUGUCGAGCAAACAACGUGACCGACUUUAUCGUGGUUCACGAACAUCGAGGCGUUCCGGACAACCUCAUUAUCUGCCAUCUUCCGUAUGGCCCAACGGCUUCGUUCAAUCUAUCGGGAGUUGUAAUGCGCCACGAUAUUCCCGAAAUUGGGCCAAUGAGUGAACAGAAACCACAUUUAAUCUUCCACAACUUCAAAACAAAAUUGGCCGAGAGAACAAUGUCGAUUUUGAAAUAUCUGUUUCCGGUGCCGAAGGAAGAUUCCAAACGGGUGAUGACGUUUGCCAAUCACGACGACUACAUUAGCUUCCGGCAUCACACGUUCAAAACGGUGGACCGGGAAAUGGUGCUGACCGAGGUGGGACCCCGAUUCAUGCUGAAGCUGUACCAGAUCAAGUUGGGAACGCUGGACGAGUUGGAUGCGGCGGACACGGAAUGGGUCUACCGGCCGUACAUGAAUACGGCAGCCAAGCGACGGUUCCUUUCCGACGAUGACGGUUGGCAGCAGGAUGAUGAUGUACAACUUUAGGAGUAUUACAAUAAAGAUUAUUUUGUAAAGUUUAAA